UCAAACGUCACCAGUAACAAACAAACAACAGGAAGCUGCCGGCGCCAUGGAGGGCUCGAAGUCUUCCAGCACCACGAUGCAGGUGAGCUUUGUGUGUCAGCGCUGCAGUCAACCGCUGAAACUGGACACGUCCUUCAACGUCCUGGACCGGGGGACCAUCCAGGAGCUUAUCGCUCCACUGGUCACCGUAACACCUAGUAAACAAACAGAAAGCAGUGAUGCUGACAGCCCCCCUGAGGAAACAUUUGUGGAGAGCAAGCAGGAUGGAGUUUCACGGAAAUAUAUCCCACCUGCAAGGAUGAUGUCUACGGAAAGUGCAAACAGCUUCACUCUCAUUGGAGAGGCCUCAGACGGGGGCACCAUGGAGAACCUGAGCCGCAGGCUAAAGGUUACAAGCGAUCUGUUUGACAUCAUGUCGGGUCAGACCGAUGUGGACCACCCGCUGUGUGAAGAGUGUACGGACACACUACUGGACCACCUGGACACGCAGCUCAACAUCACUGAAAAUGAGUGCCAGAACUACAAGAACUGUCUGGAGCUGCUGUCUCAGCUUCAGGAGGAGGACGAGGGCUCGCUGCUGAACGAGCUGCAGCAGCUCAGGCAGGAGGAAGAGGCACUGAUCCAGAAGCUGGAGGCCAUCGAGGAGCAGCGGGAAGCCGUGGCCAAGGACCUCUCCGAGGCACGCACACACACCCAGCAGCUGGACACAGAGGAGCUGCAGUAUCAGAAAGAGUACUGUGAGUUCAAGCGGCAGCAGCUGGAGCUGGAUGAUGAACUGAAAAGCGUGGAUAAUCAGAUGCGUUACUGUCAGGCCCAGCUGGACAGGCUAAAGAAGACCAAUGUCUUCAAUGCAACCUUCCAUAUCUGGCACAGCGGGCAGUUCGGAACGAUAAAUAACUUCCGUCUUGGCCGUUUACCCAGCGUGCCUGUGGAAUGGAAUGAGAUUAACGCAGCCUGGGGCCAGACUGUGCUUCUUCUGCAUGCUCUGGCUAACAAGAUGGGCCUUCGUUUCCAGAGAUAUCGACUAGUUCCAUAUGGAAACCACUCCUACUUGGAAUCCCUUACAGACAAAUCUAAGGAGUUACCACUGUAUUGCUCAGGCGGCCUGCGCUUCUUUUGGGAUAACAAAUUUGACCAUGCAAUGGUGGCCUUUUUGGAUUGUGUCCAGCAGUUUAAAGAGGAGGUUGAGAAGGGUGACACCGGCUUCUGUCUACCAUACAGAAUGGACGUGGAUAAGGGGAAGAUAGAGGACACGGGCGGCAGCGGAGGAUCCUACUCCAUAAAGACUCAGUUUAAUUCGGAGGAGCAGUGGACCAAAGCCCUCAAGUUCAUGCUUACAAACCUCAAAUGGGGCUUGGCCUGGGUCUCCUCCCAGUUCUACAACCGCUAGAGCAGGACCAGCCUCCCAGAGGCCCACCACUUCCCCACAGUCGGUCAUAAACGUGUGCCUCUGUAUGCUUGGAAGAAGCUCGGAAGAUGUUCACGUUCUCGCGGCUUUCAAGUAGUAACUGAAAAUGUCAUAAUUACAAGUCACAAGCACAUGGCUGGCUCUCCAGCUUCAUAAUUACAUGGGGUAGAAAUAAUUUCGAUGCCCAAACAGUUGUUACACAAUAGCUAUCUCUCUUGUACUAUAGUAUCCAGUAUAACACUUUUACUGCUACUUCUACCAUUUGUACCUAAGGUGUACCUUGUGUGCAGAGGAGCUGUUCCUCAACAUACACUUGUCCACUCCUGUCGUUGUUCUCCAUUGUCCGUUGAAACACUGCAUGGACAUCUAAGUCUUAUCAGCUGCGAAGAACAGGAAACAGUCUUGCUGAAGUGACUUAGAAGACUGAAUGCUUGGUAGUUUCGUGAUGGUAAAUAAUGGUUAAUGCAGGAAUAGCCUAAACCGUGAGUACCCGACUUGAUGUGUAAAGAGCCUCUACAUGCCCGACUUUACUGAUUUCUCAAAAUUGUUUUUCUUGAUUAGUCAGCGAUGUUUUGGCCAAAUGUACAGUUGAAACAAUAUUCCAGCUGCAGUGACUUAUCUCAGAUUUGCUUGUGUGGUUUCUGACACCGUAAUGACAUUGUUCAAUGUAAAAAUAGACAAAAACUACAAAAGCAGGUGUGAUUACUUGACACAGAUGGAGGCAAGUUGGGCAUACUUAGCAUGGAGCUAAUUGGUGAUCAUAUGCUUUUUAUUAGCUACAUUAGCCUUGUAGCUCCAGUGCAAAGCUAAAAAAAGAAGCAAACGUCAUCAGUUACAAAUGGGGUAAAUGAUUUUGGGCUGAACUUUUGCUUUAGGCCAAAAACUAGCCAGUUCAAUUGGAGAAGAGAUGGCAUUUCUACUGGACAAACUUUAGGUCUAAGUUAACCAGGUUGACUAAGAGAUCUUGCUUUGGGAAAUAUCGUCAGGGAUACCCGGUCCAUUUCUGCAAGGUUUAGUUCCAACCCUGUUGACCAUGGGUGCCCAGUCAUGGUCCUGGAGAUCUACCACCCUGGAGAGUUCAGAUCCAACACACAAUGCUCAGAUGCCCCUGGAGGCCUUCACUGGAGCUAAACUGUGCAGGGUGGUAGAUCUCCACGACCAGGAUUGAGCAACCCUGACUGUUCUGGUAGAUGCUAUUGAAAAUCUUUAGUACAGUGGUCUACAACCCCUGGUCCUGCAGAGUUUAGUUCCAACCUGUGUCCAAUAAGCUGCUUUGCCCUUUUCCCAACUCUAAUACAUCAUAUCCAGCCAAUUAGGGACUUGGGAAGAGGUUGAUUAGCUGGAGCAGGUGUGGCGGAUUGUGCUUGCAAAUAGGCUCUGGUGGAAGGUAGCUCUCCAGGACCAAGGCUGGAGACCACUGCAUUAGUAUCUGUAGGUGGUGUUGGAUUAGGCUUAGAACUGACCUCUGCACAGCAAAUCUAAAGGAGCAUAAUUUUGGCACCUUUGCUUUAUAGCAGUGGUCACCAACCCUCCUCCUGGAGAUCUCCUAUUCUAGAGAGCUGAGUUCCAGCCUUCGUCUAACAUGCUGCUUUGUGUGUGGAGGGUAGAUUUUAAGGUUCAGUGAUCAAUUAUACUAUCUUAACAAAACCUGUCUAUGAAAUCUAACUUUAUAGAAGAUGACUAAAUAACUGUAACAGACGUAAUAUAGAACUGUAAUAAUAUAAUAUGUAAUGACUUAUUUCAACUCAUUCUACAACAUUUCUGUUGGUUCAUUCAUUGUAAAAUGACAUUUUGAUAUGACAGCAAUGAAUGAUAGUCACUAGGGGUGCACUGAUAUAGGAACUGUGAGCUAGUGUCCUUGACUAGUGCAUAAACACGUAUUAAAUUGUAGAAAUUAAAUCCGUAAAAUGAAUAAAAUGCUGAUAUUUUCACGUCGCAGCCAAAUGUCGCCUAAACACACCGCUCUGCCCAAGUACAGCAAAGACGUCAUCAAAUAUCGGAUUGAAAUAUCGAUGAAAUCUAAACAUGAGUCCAAUAUGACAGCAAAAUGAAUAUAUACAUUGAUGCAGAUCUGGGGCUGUAUUACAGAAACUUCCUAUCUUUUUGUCUUAAGAUCUGACCGGUCAAGAUAUCACAAUAUCACAGAAGCAAAUCUGAUCUUAAUUUAAGAAUCUUAUCUUACAGCAUCUUUUCUUAUCUCAAGUUAGGAAAUCUUAACGUUAUCGAUUGAAGUCGACAAUCAACUGUCGUGUCUGUUACCUUGCAACCGACCAUACGCGCACAGCUGAAACGUAAACACGUAGCUAAUCAAGUUAGUCAGACAGCUAACUUUAGCUACUGUUACUGAGGUAAAGAAGGUCGAAUAAAACUAAAGUGCGAUAAACUGAGAGUGAAGAAUAUCGUGUCAGCACUUUUUGCUGUUUAUCAGGGCGUCGCCGCUCCACAGUUUCAGUUUCAUUUCCCAAACGCUUUAGCCGAGCGUGCCAACAAUAUUCCUCCUAAUAAACAGACACACAUUCAGCUCUCUCCUCAUUGUUCACCACCAUCACUGUAAUAUUUUCUCAUCAACAUUAACACAUGAAGGUAGUAAUAGAUGGUGGAGAUCGAGUGUGCAGUGUCAGAGUUCUUAAAAACACUGUUUAAAAGCACCGUUUUAAAUGUAGAUAAAUGUAGUUAAGACAGUUCUGAGGUUGUCUUAAAGUUAAGAGAAUAUUUAGGUUAUUUUGGCAACUUAGGAUGUUUCUGUAAUACUGUUUUCUUAUUUGGAAAUAAGAUUAUAAACUUAAGAACUGUUGUUCUGUAAAGGCUUCUGUCCUAACUUCAGUCUGAACUGAAGUUACCAAGACAACAAAGCAGAUAUGAUCUCAGACUUAGGAGUUUUCUGUAAUUAUGGCCCCUGAUUUCAGUAUCAUUGUGCAUUUCUAAUUAUCACAGUUACCCGUUACAAAUCCAUGUUUAUAACAUAAACAAAUGAUGAGUGUUCCCAGUCACUGUGUUUGCACAGUGAGUAGAAGAUAUGUCAUUUUCCUUAUUUACAUGUUUUCCCCUCAACUCUCUUGACUACAGUAUUGCAUAAAUGAAGUAACAUCUUUUUGUGCUCACUUUGUUUCACCUUUAUUUAUCCUCAAGUAUUAAACUUUCUGAAUUUUCUUAUGUUGGAGGACUUUCAUGAAAUUAUCCAAACUAAUCCAGUAUAGCAGCUGACCUUCACUACUAUAAAUGAUCGGACAGAUAGAUCUGAUCUUCCAAACGAUUAGAAUAGAUGAUCAUUUGAGGCUACAAAGGCACCCCUGAUGUUCCCCCAUAAAGAAGUGGCUGUAAAGCACCCAUAAGCCAGCCUCAUAUUUUCAGCGCACAAAUUAUGUCAAAAACGUUGUCAUCUAGUAAUGGUUGUAAGAAAUCUUUAGAAUUUAUUCAUACUUAAUACAUUUUAGCAUUUAAAAUGUAACUUGAUUAAAAAAGAUAUUUUAAAUCUGCUUUUAAGAGCAGCUGUUGAUGGAAACUUGCAGUUUCUUGCAGCUGUUCCUUACCUGUUUUGAUAUCACAAUAUACAUUACAGUGAA